AUGGAUACGGAGCAGUUGAACCUGGCCGGUGACCGGGAGCAUAAAGAGGAAGCUUCCCAUCCCGCGUCCUCUGCUGCCGCCACGACCGACACCACUGCUGCUGCUGCUUCUUCUUCCGCCGCCGAGGGUUCCCGGUACGGCUUCUCCCAGUUCUUCGAAGGCAUCGGCCUCUCCAGCAGCAACAUCCCUUCCCUCCAGCAGAUCGCCCUCUGGUUCCAGGCCGCCACCAUGUCUCUCGUCAACGUGGACCUCAACGCCCUCGCCGUCGGCGGCGCGGGCUACCUCGCCUCCAUCAACGCCGCCAACCUCUCCACCCCGGCCAUCUCGCUGCUCGCCUACGAGCCGGCCUUCGCGGACGUCGUCGGCGCCAACGCCACCGCCCGCAAGAUCGCCGACCUGCCCUGGCAGGCCUUCCACGAGGGCGGCAUCUACAACAAGAAGGACAACUCGCUCUACAUCUCCUCAAACUACCAGUCCCUCGCCGACAACAUCAACAUCACCGUCCUCUCCCUCGACGACCUCUCCAUCACCAGCACCCAGCUCACCAACCUCGCCGAGGCCAACGGCGGCACCUCCUACUACCCGCCCGGCGCCGACACCUCCGCCACGCCGCCCAUGCAGGUGUGGUGCGACGAGGGCGACUUCGCAUCCUACUCCCAGCUGCUCGCCGUCGACGUCAACACGAACAAGUCGCAGCCGCUGCUCGUCGGCUUCAACGGGCGCAACUUCUCCUCCGUCAACGACGUGCGUCAGCACCCCGGCACGGGCGACCUGUGGUUCACCGACGCCGAGUACGGCCUGUUCCAGCACUUCCGUCCGGCCUCGCAGCUGCCGACGCAGGUGUACCGCUUCUCGCCCGCGACGGGCGCCGUGCAGGUCGUCGCGGACGGCUUCCGGCAGCCCAACGGGCUCGAGUUCUCGCCCGACUACAAGACGCUGUACGUCUCCGACACGGGCGCGCAGGAGUACACGGCGAACCUGACGGGCCCGGCGACCAUCUACGCGUUCGACAUUGUGGACGGCAAGCGGCUGGCCAACAAGCGCAUGUUCGCGUAUGCUGAUUCUGGCUUCCCGGAUGGUGUGCACACCGACACGGACGGCAAUGUGUGGGCUGGCUGCGGCGACGGCGUGCACGUGUGGAACCCCGAGGGCGUGUUGCUGGGCAAGAUCCACAUUGGCGAGGUGUCGAACAACUUUGCGUUCGCGCCCGGCAAGGUGUUUGUGUUUUCCAACUACCGGCUGUGGGUUGUCGAGGGGAUCAAGGCUCUCGGCCGGGAGGUCUGCAAGGAUUUCGGCAAGGAUGCUGAUUCGAGGUGUAGUCAGUAG